AUGGUCACGGGCUCGAACAGCAACCCUCAACUUCAGGGAAACAACUUUUCCCGCAAUGGCGUCAUCUACGUCAACUUCAACACCCGUGAAAGCAUCUUCGCGUCACCUCACUCAUCUGAGCUCAAGGCUGCCCACCCAUUCGAGAGUCAAAACUUCAGUAUCCUUGAUGUGGAGGAGGCUCUUCAGUGGGUCCGCAACAAUAUCAAAGGUAUGGAUGCAAAUUCAGUUGAUAUGAAUCAUUUCGUUGCUGACGAACAAUAGCUUUUGGCGGUGACCCUGACCACAUCGUUUUUGGUGGUCACUCAUCUGGAAGUGUCCAGGUCGACCACUACCUGUGGAACUACCCCAAAACCUGGCUUAAGGGCGCUAUUAUGAUGAGCGCCAAUGACAUCUCGGCCCAGCAUAUGCUCCUAUCAACGAAGCUCUUGAUGCCGUUUCCGCUGAAGUUGGAUGCCCAACGGGUGGCAAUGGUCAGAUUGAGUGCCUGCGCAAUAUUGACUUCUUCAGCUUCGAGAGUGCAAACUUCAACUCAACUUUCAACACCUGGUUCACUCCUGUUGUUGAUGAUAUCACACGCUUCUCGAAUUACAGUGAUCGCUUCGCCAAAGGCGAGUACGCUUCUCAUGUCCCUCUGAUCACUGGUAACUCCGAUGGCGAGGGUACGGUCUUCAGCAUCGUCUACGGUAACGAGAACACAGACUUCAAGUCUUGGAUCAAGACUUUCGAUGCCGACAGCGCCUUCCUCUCCAACUGCUCUCUCAUUCAUGCCUACAACCCGAAAGACUUUGCUUCCGAGUCCCUACGCAGCGGAGCUCAGUAUGGAGACGCCCGCUUCAACUGCCCCGUCGACUACCUUGUCGAUAUGCGUAGCAAGAAGCAAGAUACCUGGGUAUACCGGUUCUAUGGAAAGUAUGACAACGUGGUCGGCCCACCCAACACAGCCCCUACCCACGGUACCGAGGUCCCCUUCUUCCACGGUGGCAAUGAAUGCUUUGAUUCUCUAGCAGGAGUCACCGCCGCUCAGCAGGCGCUAGCUGAUCAUACUCACCAAUGGUUUGUCAAGUGGAUCAAGAACCCAGCUGCUGGUCCCGGUUGGGCGAAGGCAUCCGCAAGAUCUGGUGCUUUUGCCAAGCUCGGCGUUCCAGGAGACGAGUUGGCCAUUACAGUUGGCAGCACCGACGAGUAUAACCGACGCUGUCAGACCGUACGUUUCCCCAUCCUUCUCUUUGUUAAUGUUCUUCUAACUGGACCCUAG